UAGCCCAAGAUCGAAGGUUAGCCAUCUAAUUUCUCGAUUCUCGGGGCAAACAACACCUCUUGCAUGCCAUGUCGGUCACGCAAACGACCAUGUCUAAACUCCAAGACUUGAGAACGUUUGUCAACGAGCGAUUGACUGCCGCCGCUGAAGAAAUUUUCGGUGUUUUUGAGAAAACUAUCGUCGCCUACGAACAAGAGAUGGACCGUCAGCGCAGGCUUCUGGACGUCGUCGUCUGUAAACCUGCUGCUCAUUCUCAAAGGACAGAGUCUCCAGAGGGAGCGUCAUUUACCCACGUGGAGCAGAAGCAUCUAGAGCCGCCUCACGUAAAAGUGGAACAGGAGGAGCGUUUCUCAAACUGUGCACUCUGGCAGCCGGCCUCGAACUCUGACCAGAAUGGAAGCGGAGCAGACAAAGACACCACGGAAAACCUGGACUUUGACACCUCAGAACCAAGCAGCGAUAAUCAAAUCGUCUUUCGUGACUACUAUCCUGUAAAUGACCCAGAUUACGUCAGCGACAACGCGGCAUCUACGAUGACGAGCAGCGUUAAGACGGAACUUCUCGACGAGAACAGGACGUACAACCUGGAGAACGCGAUGUUGGCCACGCACCCUCCGCUGCAACUUUUAGAGCAGCAUUUCCACGGCGGCGGCGGCUUCCUCGCCGAUUCAGAAGCGUACACGCAAGCCAAGCCUUUUGUCUGCGACGUCUGCGGAAAGGGCUUCGGCUUUAAGCGUUACCUAGCGCAGCACAUGAUCACGCACUCGGCGGAAAAGCCGUACGCUUGCAGCAGGUGUCGCAAAACUUUCCGCCGCAUGCAGGCGCUGCAGAUUCACAUGCGUUGUCACACGGGCGAGAAGCCGUAUUUCUGCAAAACAUGCGGGAAAAGAUUCUGCCAGAGCUCGGCGCUCAGAGUUCAUCUCAGAGUCCACACGGGGGAGAAACCGUACUCCUGCGACAGCUGCGGGACCGGAUUCAGUAGCAUGCCGGUGCUGAGAAACCACAUCAUGAGGGUUCAUGAAGGCAACAUGCUGUACGUUGAGAGAAACGCCGUCGUGUGGCCAAGUUAAAGCGUAACCAUUUAGGAUUUCAGAUCCAGUCAUCCUUAAAUUAACUGUACUACUGCUGACGAAGUGCAUACUAAGAUGCAAAACAAUGCACCUCGAUGUGCCACGGUCACGAUAUGAUACAAUAUUAAGAAAUAUAUAUAUGCUACAGGGUUUCCCCUAGGAUUUUUUUUGAAGCUGUUGUGGUGGUGGGCUGCAUCGGAGUCGGACAUCACCGCCAUGUCGUGCCGCGGCGAAAUUGCUUCAUAUUAUGACACAUGAGAUUUUUUUUAAACAAUUUAUCCAAGAAGAACCGUAACAAAGAUCUAUUUGAAAUAUUUUGUCAAACAGCCUAAUGAAAUAUUUCGGAACCUGACUGUCUAUAUUUACGAUGGGGUAUUAGGGCCAAAUAAAAUAAAAUAAAAGGACUACAAGGUUAAAGUCUUACUAUUGCUACGAGAAAAAAAGGACGUAUAAUUAAUAAUUGGCUAACUUGCAUAGCAAAUGUCUGCUAGCUUAAAUGCUAUAUAUUGCUAAUGUUUACAACAAUUGGCUAACUUGCGUAGCAUUAGUUUGCUAGCUUAAAUGAUGUAUAAUGCUAAUAUUUACAACAAUUGGCUAACUUGCAUAGCAACGGUCCACUUGUUUAAAUGCUAUGCUAAUGUUUACAACAAGUGGCUAAAUUGCAUAGCAAAAGUCCGCUAGCUUAAAUGCUAUAAGAUGCUAAUGUUCACAACCAUCGCCUAACUUGCAUAGCAUAAGUCCGCUAGCUUAAUUUCUAUAUAAUGCAAAUAUUUACAACAAUUGGCUAACUUGCAUUGCAAAAGUCCGCUAGCCUAAAUGCUAUAUAGCCUAAUGGUAAUUUUCGCAACAAUUUGCCAACUUGCACAGCAAAAGUCCAACAGCUUAAAUGCUUUAUAGUGCUAAUAUUUACAAAAAUUGGCUAACUUACAUAGCAAAAGUCCGCUAGCUUAAAUGCUAUAUGAUGCAAAUGUUGACAACAAUUGGCUAACUUGCAUGGCAAAAGUCCUCUAGCUUAAAUGCUAUAUAAUGCUAAUGUUUACGACACUUGGCUAACCUGCAUAGCAAAAGUCCACUCGCUUCAAUGCUAUGUUAUGCUAAUGUUUGCGACAAUUGGCUAACUUGCAUAGCAAUAGUCCACUCGCUCAAAUGCUAUACUAAUGUUUACAACAAGUGGCUAAAUUGCAAAGCAAAAGUCGCUAGCUGAAAUGCUAUAUAAUGCUAAUGUUUACAACAAUUGGCUAAUUUGCACAGCAAAAGCCCGCAUGGCUUAAAUGCUAUAUAAUGCUAAUGUUUACAAAAAUUGGCUAACUUGCAUAGCAAAGUCCACUAGCUUAAAUGCUAUACAAUGCUAAUGUUUACUGGAUAGUUUCUGGUGUGCACUAGAAACAAUCUGGUGCGCACCAGACAGCUCAAAUUUAUUUUAUUUCUGUUGAUGUCCCUUUAGGGGCUCCCUAGAAUUUGCAAGGUGUGGCAGCUUUUAUUUUGGUGUGGCGGUGCACCACAAUCUUGCAUUUUUAGGGGAAACCCUGUGCUAUUGUAAUUUAAACGUAGUCCUAUAUAUUUUUGUUUCAGUUGCACAUACAAAUAGGAACCGUUCAAAGUAGUGCCGUAGCGAUUAAUCGAUUAACUCGAUGAGAAAAAAGCUUCGGAUCAAAUUUUGCUGCUUUGGAGGUUCGUUUCAAAAGUGCUUGCAUUUAGUUGUAUUCCUAUGGGCGCAUACACUGCUCUUUAGUGGCAACAGUGAAUAUGAUAUAACUCCUCUGACAUGGUCGGAUCCAGCUGCUCCCUGUUAAGACCAACAUAAGUUUUUUUGAGCUAAAAUGAUUUUUUAUGCAUUCGUAAUUUAGUUUAGAGGUAUAUUUAUUUAUUUAUUUUUUGUUGGAAUAUGUGUUUGAAAGGUUUAAGAGCAUUGUACAAAAGCGUUAGCAUUGUAUAGCAUUUAAGCUAGCGGAUUUUUGCUAUUCAAAUUAGCCAAUUGUUCUUUAGUUGUACUUCGAUUCUCAUUAUUUUUUUAAAGACCAUUUAAGGCUAAGCUCAGGUAUUUUUAAUUUAUUUUUUAAAUGCAUUUAUUGCGGUUGUGAAAUGAAAGUUUGAAAAACAAUUUUUUAAAUUUUAUUUUGUAUUUGCAUUUAAUGCUCUUUUGAAAGUGCGAUCAUAGCAAGCCAUUGUUUGACAUCUCCCUAAAUGUAUUCUGCAACGCGUUUAAUGUUCGAAUCCGAUUGCAAAACUAAUUGGUUACUUAAAAAAUCGAAAGCUGCGGCUUGAGUUUUAAGCCAAACACUGUGGAAAAUCUAUUAUUUCUAAAUAAAAAUAAAUUCUUUAGCACUCGUUGCACUCGUUGCACUAGUACAAGUACAUUCAUAGUUUCUUAAACAAAUAGCCAUAAAAAUGAAAACACUAUUAGCCUCUUGGACCACUCAAGAGAAAAUGAACCACCAUGAAGCUUUGAAGCAAUUGGCUGCAAAGCUUCAUUGCUUCACAUUCAUAUUUUCUUAAAUAGCCAUGGAAUUGUCAACACUGUUGUCCUCUUGGACCACUCCAGAGCCAAUGAACCACAAUGAAGCUUUGAAGCAAUUGGUUGCAAAGCUUAAUUGUUUCAUAUUUUCUGAAACAAAUAACCAUAGAAUUGUCAACACUGUUGGCCUCUUGGACCACUGGAGAGCAAAUGAACCAACAUGAUGCUUUGAAGCAAAUGGCUGCAAAGCUUCAUUGCUUCACAUGCAUAUUUUGUUAAACAACUAGCCAUAGAAAUCUCAACACUGUUAGCCUCUUGGACCUCUCGAGAGAAAAUGAACCACCAUGAAGCUUUGAAGCAAUUGGCUGCAAAGCUUCAUUGCUUCACAUUCAUAUUUUAUUAAACAACUAGCCAUAGAAAUCUCAACACUGUUAGCCUCUUGGACUACUCGAGAGCAAAUGAACCACCAUGCUUCACAUUCAUAUUUUCUUAAAUAACCAUAGAAUUGUCAACACCGUUGGCCUGUUGGACCACUCGAGAGCAAAUGAACCACCAUGAAGCUUAGAAGCAAUUGGCUGCAAAGCUUCAUUGCUUCACAUUCAUAGUUUCUUAACAAACAGCCGUAUAAUUGUCAACACUGUCGGCCUUUUUGGACCACUCGAGAGCAAAUGAAUCGCCAUGAAGCUUUGAAGCAAUUGGCUGCAAAGCUUCAUUGCUUCAACGAGCUUCAUUUGCCCUGCAUUGCUCAAUGUCAGAGACGACCUACGCUGCCACCUGCUGUCAACACUUAUCCCAAAAUAUUGCAACUCUUGCCUCAUGCCUCCUAGCAUGUAAUGCGGCGCUGAGGAUAUACGUAGGGUUGCCAACUCCCUGAAAAAAAAAAAGGGACACCUCAUUGUUGGAACCAACUUUCCCGAUUACCGUCACCCUUUAAUUAUUUUUCUGGAUGUGAAUUUUUUUUUUUUUUCAAAAAUUUAUAAUGAUGUGGCCCUCGGGCAGUGGGUUUCGUACCUGUGGUAUUGCAUGGAGUUUGCAUGUUUUUUUUGUUUUUUUUUAAAAAUUUGUUUCAUGUUGUACUACUUAACAAAAUCCAGAAACAUGUAUUAGUUUUGCUAUGUUAUUGCCAUCGGCGAUAGAUUUUCAAUCCAAUAGUGACCAAUUGACCCACACUCCCCCAAAAGAUAAUUACUUUGAAAAAAAAAAUAAAUAAAGGUUGGAUGGUUUUAUGUACGUGUAUUUAUUUUCACCAGCUGAGAUAAACUACCUCUUGUAAAUAGUUCAAAACGGUCAAAACAUCAUGUUGUAAAGGAACUAAAGUUUACUGUUUCAUGCUUUGUUUGUAAGUUAUUUUUCCCUCUUA